CGCAUCUGCGUGCGUAAAAGCGCAAUCGAGCCGGCGACCACAGCAAGGGCGCCGCCGCCUGUUAUACCGGGCGGUGACACCGCCUCUUUCCCUUCUCCCACCCGCCCCAUCUCCUGCUGGGGUGGAGCCUUCAAGGCAGCAGCGGGCGUGGAGAAGACCGCAGCGUUUAAAACGAAGGGCGGCGACAGGCCGCACAAAAGAUUGCUAUAGGCUUACAGGGAGGUUACAGCGGAGGCAACGGGGAGGAAGCAUUAAAAGAGAGAGAGAGAGGAAGGGAAAAAAGGCAGCAGCAGCAGGCGCGUUGGCUCCGGCGCCCGCCCUUUCCCCAGCCAUGCAGGAGCAGCCGCGCCGAGGCAGCUGAUAAGAGGCUGAAAAGAGAGUUUGGGAAGUCGAAAGCGGGCGAGGAGCCCUCCUUUCGUGAUUCCUCUGCCUCACUCCCUCCACCCCGCAGAAGUUGGUGAUUCAGCCGGGGAGGGUUGGAGAGGAGGAGGAGAAAAAGCCGAGCGAGGAAAUAUGGUGAGAGAGGAGGCGAAGGGAGGCCGGCUGGGUUCCCGCAGCAGCUGUUGCAAAGGCCACCCAGCGCAGCCGCCGCCGCCCUUGUUCGCGGGCAGAGCCUGAAGUUCCCCGUCGAGCGGAGAUCUGGUGCGCCCACGCCCCUGGAGGGCCGCCGCCGCCGCCGCUUUUCCCGGGGACGCUGGGCGUCGCGAUUGGAGCGAAAAGCGGGAGAGGAGAGAGGUGGCGAAAAAGAAAAGCAAAAGCGGCAAGCUAAGCGGAGGCUUCCUCCUCCCUCCCUCCCUCCUUCCUGCCUUCCUUCUCCACCAGCGGCUGGAUCCGGGUGGUGUUGGGGGAGAGGAAAUCGUUGCUUUCCGCCCGCCCUCCUCGCCUCGCCUUCCACGAUCUGCCGUGUCCUCUUUUGCACCGGAGGUGAGGUGCGCACAAAACACUUCGGGGCCAGCCUAGCAAAUCAAAGCGGCAACCCUCCUCCUCCUCCUCCUCCUGCGCGCGGCCAGUUUCCCCAGCCACAGCUCCGCCGGGCCACACCCUCUGCUGUUCUUCCUGAUAGCAACUGGGAGAGGAAGAGAUGCCUGCCUGCCUUCUCGGGAGCUGUUAAAGGAGCCUAUGGCGUUGGCUCGCCUCUUUCCGGGCCACGGGGACAGCUUGGAUUGGAAAGGAGUGAAACGGUAACAGGAUCGUCGCCUAUUUCAGCCCCUCUUUCCCAUUUCUUUUCUUUUUUCAAAAAACAAAACAAAACCAUCCCACCCAAACUCUUCCUCAUGAAUUUAUAAGUGCCACUGUAAUUUAUUCAGCUGGAAACUUUAAAAAAAUUAAAUGAUUGCUCCAAUUAUUUUUGCAGCAGUUCAGUUUGGAUUAUUUGCUAAUAACGCUUCUAUUCAAAGAACGGGCCACCUGCAGAUGGGGAAGAAAAGGGAAGGAUAAUUGAUCAUGCCUUUGCGGAAUUGAGGAUCCAGUCUUCCCAAGAGUCGGGAAACCUGUCGCUUGUUUCCAAGCCUAUUAGUUCACUGUGAAAGUGGAGUAGCAUCAGGUUCCCUUUGGAUUGGGUUGCUCCCGCCUCCCCCUCUGGCUCGCAAAGACUUUACUUUUACUUGCGGAGAUUAAUGGAAUGAUGGUGCGGAAAAGGCAGAGCGAUCCUGCCAGGCUGAGUGGGGACUCCUGCGGAGGCAUCAGGAGCGGGAGGGGUGGCGGCAGCAGUGGGGUCCCGAGAGGCAUGCGUGUGCCCCCCAGGCGCUAUGGCUAGCGGCGGCUCUGGCAAGUCCACUAGCGAGGCGUCCACCCCGAGCAGCGGUGCGUUGCAGCGGAAGAAGCUCAUCUCCAUUUGCGACCACUGCAAGAGCAAGAUGCAGCUGGUGGCGGAUUUGCUGCUGUUGUCCAGCGAGAGCCGGCCGGUCAAUACAGAUAGCCUGUCCGUCUUUGGGGAGUCCUUCGAGAAAUGCCGGGACACCAUCAUCGCCAGGACGAAAGGCCUCUCCAUCUUGACUCACGACGUCCAAAGCCAGCUCAACAUGGGGCGCUUCGCAGAGGUGGGGGACAUCCUGGUGGAGAUGGGGGACCUGGUGGUCUCCUUGACGGAGUGCUCUGCCCACGCCGCUUACCUGGCGGCGGUGGAGACCCCAGGGGCUCAGCCGGCAUCGCCCGGCCUGGUGGAUCGCUACAAGGUGACCCGGUGCAAACAUGAGGUGGAGCACGGCUGUGGGAUCUUGAAGACCACCCCUUUGGCUGACAUGAGCCCUCAGCUCCUGCUGGAGGUUUCCCAGAACAUGUCCAAGAAUCUGAAAUUCCUGACGGACGCCUGUGUCCUGGCCAGUGAGAAAUCCAAGGAUAAGUUUGCCAAGGAGCAGUUCAAGCUGAGCGUCAAGUGCAUGAGCACCAGCGGCUCGGCCCUAUUGGCCUGCGUCAAAGAGGUCAAGAUUUCACCCAGCGAGCUGACGCGAAACCGCUGCGUCUUGUUCAGUGGGCCCUUGGUGCAGUCUGUCUGUGCGCUGGUGGGCUUUGCCACUGAGCCUCAGUUUUUGGGCAAAGCGGCCGCCAUCAAUCCAGAAGGUAAAGCCGUGCAGACUGCCAUUUUAGGGGGUGCCAUGAGUGUCGUCUCGGCUUGUGUGCUCCUUACCCAAUGCCUCAGGGAUAUAGCCCAACACCCCGAAAGUAGCUCCAAAACGACUGAAUACAGGGAACGGUUGCGGAACUCGGCUUGCGCCGUCUCGGAUGGUUGCAAUCUGUUAUCUCAGGCACUGAGGGAAAGAUCUUCGCCUCGGACUCUACCGCCAGCGAACUCAAUUUCUGUGAAUUAAUCUUUUCAGUUUAGGUAUACCUUGGUCACUGCUAACACAAAUGUACUUAGGCUCCCCUCAACUGGCCCUUUGUUUUAUGUAUACCAAAGAAUUUGUGUAGAUCAGCCCAAUCCUGAUGUUUUUUAAAAAAUAUUUUUUUGAAUGGGGGAGGCAGCAAAAAGAUUUACCUUUUAACCUAUGUUUGUUAAAAAAGAAGAGGAGAGGAACCAUCAAAGUUGAUUCAGUUUCGCAUCUUUUAUAGAAUGCAAACAAGCGAGUGGUAAUAACAGUUUUAAGGUUUUAUUGAGAUUGGGUGGGGUAGAGAAAGGGCCUUAAUUGCGCUGGGUGUGCUUCUAAAACUUUUUUUCUUUUUCUUUGGUCUUCCAAAAUUUCCCUUCUAAAUUUUACUGUUCAGUUGUGCAGGAAGGAAAAAAAAAAGUUACCUCAGUUUUCAUACAGUCUGAAAGAAGCAGAACUUUAAAUGAUGGAUGUAGCUACCUUUUUGUUUUGUUUUUAUGUUGGUUUCUGUAUGGUUACUUUUGAAUCAAGUGUUAGGUUAGAAGUGCAUUGGCUGUGUUGAGUGGGAAAAGAGUGGAGAUUGGAUGUGAUUUCCAAGCUGGGGGGAAGCUACUGUGAGUGUUUUAAAAUGGGGUGGGGGAAAUAUUACACUCUUAACAAGAAAGUGAUUUGGGUUUUUUAAUUAUUAUUUUUCAGUGUCUUUUUUUUUAAAAAAAAUCUUGCAUGUACUGGAGUAUUUAUUUCAUCUAUUAAAAUGUUGUUUCUCA